UGUACAACAAAAACUUACCGUCUGUAGAGGGCUUUAGGAACCGUGAAGAGUAGCGGGUUUGUUGCCGCAUUGCAGUUUGGGAAACUACGAAAAUGGCGCAAGCUGAUUCGGUGCAAUACUUGAAGGAUUUCUUGUCAGAAGAAAGAAACGAAAGGCUCAAAUCCGUUUUGAGACUUUUAUUGACUGAGCUUAGAGGUGGACUUGCACGAUCAAAUGUCUUUUUGUCCCGUGUUAAAGCAACAAAUGCCAAUUCUUGUGUUUGUUUCAGCGAAGCAACACUAGAUGCUGAAGUACACCGAGAUGAAUUAGAUUUAAAAAUCAGCGCACCAUAUGUUGUAUUUUUUGUGCGUGGCUAUACCAUACUGGCAGCAUUCUUGGAUGAAGGCAACCCAAGAAUACCAGAGAACAAAGCUGAAAGUCAGGCUCUUCAGGAUUUGUUGCAGUUCCUUGAUAACACAAGCGGGCAGUCGCCUCUUACUGAGAAUAUAGAGGAUGGUAAAUGUGAGGGGGAAUCAGAGGCAACAUUAGCAGUUAGAAUGACUCACCAUUUGUUGGUUCCCCUUGCACCGCAUAAAACCUUUAUGAUUGAUUCCUACCCUGGUUUAGAAUUGACGGGAUGUUGUGCAGAUGAACAUCCAAUGAAUGAGCAUCAAGGAGAUACAUCUUUUGGUUGCAGGAAGGGCUGGCAUGGACGUGCUGAUAUCUUAUUAAUGGAUGAUGAAAUACCAUUGACUGUUGUAGAAACUGAAGGAAAUGAAGUGGAUUUUGACAUGGUUUCUGUGAGCUCGGAUUCUUCAGUUGAAGUGAAAAAAGUGAAAAAGGGUGAUGACUUCACUCCGGAAAGCCUGUCACAAUUACUAGCACAGGCAAUAGUUAAUUCGUUUGUACAAAAAGGGAAAAACCCUAAAUCACAUAAUUCAAUGGUUCCUGGAAUAGGACUUUGUUCAAAGAGAUUGAUUGUAAGCCUGUAUGAUUGUGUAGAUGAUAUUCUAGUAACAACUGGACCUAUAGAUCUGCAGUCACAAAUUGGUCGCUUUAAAAUUAACCUUAGAACUGUCAUUAUUCUCUGGUUAGCAUUAAAUCAUGGUUUAUUUGGUAAUAAAACCCCAAAGCAAUAUACAAAGUACACAGCUGAAUUUCAUAAAGUGGUGGGUCCAGUACAGCUUGAGGCAUAUAUGAAUGAAUCAGAGCAGCCAUUGAAAACGAGAUUAGACGAGGGGUAUUCUUCGAAGUAUUUUAAUGACGUGAGUGAGGAGGCAGGUUGUUAUCUGAAUGAUUGUUAUCUGAAUGAUAUGAUCGAAGAUGUCACAGCCAAAAUACCAUUUAUUUCAGCGAAAUAACUAUCUUACAAAACAUUUUACAAAGGUUGCCAAGUUUGUACCCUUGUUCGCUUUAAAACAGUUUUUCAGUAGCAGUAAAGAAAUGUCUGUGUUUAUCAUGAAGUCUAUGGAGCCUUCAUUUUAGCUCACAUGAGCAUAAAGUGCUAAUGUGAGCUAUUGUGAUCACCGUGUCUGUCGUGUGUUGUGCGUCAGCAACAUUUUUUUAUACACACAAAAAAACAACAAAAAAUUAUCUUGCUUUUCCCGUAACAGUCAUUGAUACGUUUAAUCACCCCCCAACACCCCCCCAACAUACACACAUACAUAUUUAUAUAAAAAUGAAGAAUGUGCAUGCAUCUGUUGCCAUUUUUAGCUCACCUGUCACUAGUUUGUGUGAGCGCACUUCGUCCGUCCGUCCACAAUUUCCUUGUAAACACGAUAGAGACCACAUUUUAUAUUUGAUUUUAAUUAAACUUGCACACAACUUGAAAGGGCAUAAUAUCUCGGUUCCUUUCGAAAACUGGCCAGAUCCCAUCAUGGGUUCCAGAGUUAUGGCCCCUUAAAGGGCCAAAAUUUGCCAUUUUUGGCUUGUGAACAUGAUAGAGACCACAUUUAGCAAUCAGCUUUAAUAAAACUUGCACACAACUUGUAUUGGCAUAAUAUCUCGGAUACUUUCGAAAACUGGCCAGAUCCCAUCUUGGGUUCCAGAGUUAUGGCCCCUUAACGGGCCAAAAUUUGCUAUUAUGGCUUUUGCAGCCAUAUAGAGACUUCAUUUAUGGUUUGAUUUGAUACAAACUUGCAAAAUAUCUUCAACAACAAUAAAUAUUGGAUUCCAUGAUGAAUCUGUCAGAUCCAAUCAUAGGUUCCGGAGUUACAGCCCCUGAUUGACCCCUAAAAGAGCCAAAAUUUGGUUAUUUUUAUCUUGUGAACAUGAUAGAAGUGAUAUUUUAUAUUUCACAAUAUUUCUAUUUUUGCCUUUUCAGUCAUAUAGAGGUUUCAUUUAUGCUUUGAUUUGAUACAAACUUGUACAGAAUGAUUAUCUUGAUGAUCUCUACACCUGGAUCGAAACUGGGUCAUCAGGUCAAAUCAAAGGAAAAACUUGUUAACAACCUAGAGGCCACAUUUAUGACCCUAUCUUCAUCAAACUUGGUCUGAAUGUUUAUCUUGAUGAUUUCUAGGCCUAGUUUGAAACUGGGUCAUAUGGGGUCAGAAACUAGGUCAUCAGGUCAAAUCAAAGGAAAAGCUUGUUAACACUCUUCAGGCCACAUUUAUUACCCUAUCUUCAUGAAACUUGGUCAGAAUGUUUAUCUUGAUGAUCCCUAGGCCAAGUUUGAAACUUGGUCAUAUGGGGUCAAAGACUAGGUCACCCAGUCAAAUCAAAGGAAAAGCUUGUUAACACUCUUGUUCAUUUGAUGUGCAUGAAAAUUGGUCAGAAUGUUUGUCUGCAUGAAAUAUCGUAUAAAUUUUUAUCUGGGUCAUGUGGGGUCAAAAACUAGGUCACCAGGUCAAAUCAAAGAAAAAGCUUGUUUACACCCUAGGGGGCACAUUUUUAGCUCACCAGAGCACAAAGUGCUCAUGGUGAGCUAUUGUGACCGGUCAUUGUUUGGCGUCCGUCAGGGUCAGUUGUCCGUCGUCCGUCAACAUUUGCCUUGUGAACACUAGAGGCCACAUUUGUGACCCAAUCUUUAUGAAACUUGGUCAGAAUGUUAGUCUUGAUGAUCUCUAGGUCAGGUUCGAAACUGGGUCAUGUGGGUUCAAAAACUAGGUUAGUAGGCCAGAUCAAAGGAAAAGCUUGUGAACACUCUAGAGGCCACAAUUUUGACUCAAUCUUUAUGAAGCUUGGUCAGAAUGUUUGCCUUGAUGAUUUCCAGGUCAGGUUCGAAACUGGGUCAUGUGGGGUCAAAAACUAGGUCACCCGGUCAAAUCAAAGGAAAAGGUUGUGAACACUUUAGAUGCAACAAUUUUGACUCAAUCUUGAUGAAACUUAGUCAGAAUAUUUGUCUUGAUGAAUUCUAGGUAAAGUUCGAAACUGGGUUAUGUGGGGUCAAAAACUAGGUCAGUAGGCCAGAUCAAAGAAAAAGCUUGUAAACACUUAAGAGGCCACAAUUUUGACUCAAUCUUUAUGAAAUUUGGCCAGAAUGGUUGUCUUGAUGAUUUCUAGGUCAAGUUUGAAACAGGGUCAUGUGGGUCAAAAACUAGGUCACUAUGCCAGAUCAAAGGAAAAUCUUGUCAGCACUCUAGAGACCACAAUUUAAGUUUGAAACUCAUGAGAAUUAAUGAGAAUGUUUGUGUUGAUAAUCUAUAGGUCAGGGUUGAAUCUGGGUCAUUUGGGUCAAAAACUAGGUCACCCAGUCAAGUCAAAGGAAAAGCUUUUGAACGCUCUAGAGGCCACAGUUGUGACCCAAUCUUUAUAAAUCUUGGCCAGAGUGUUUAUCUUGAUGAUUUCUAGGUCAGGUUUGAAACUGGGUCAUAUGGAGUCAAAAACUAGGUCAGUAGGCCAGAUCAAAGGAAAAGCUUAUGAACACUCAACAGGCCACAGUUGUGACUCAAUCUUUAUAAAAUUUUGUCAGAAUGUUUGUCUUAAUGAUCUCUAGGACAAGUUUGAAUCUGGGUCAUAUUGGGUCAAAAAGUAGGUCAAUAGGCCAUAUCAAAGGAAAAGCUUAUGAACACUCAAGAGGCCACAGUUGUGACUCAAUCUUUAUGAAAUUUGGUCAGAAUGUUUAUCUUGAUGAUCUCUUGGUCAAGUUUGAAUCUGGGUCAUAUGGAAUCAAAAAACUAGGUCAGAUCAAAAGAAAAGGUUGUGAACGCUCUAUAAGCCACAGUUGUGACUCAAUCUUUAUACAAUUUUGUCAGAAUGUUUGUCUUAAUGAUCCAUAGGACAAGUUCGAAUCUAAGUCAUGUGGGGUCAAAAAAUAGGUCAGUAGGCCAGAUGAAAGAAAAAGCUUAUGAACACUCAAGAGGCUACAGGUGUGAUCAAAUAUUUAUGAAACUUUGUCAGAAUGUUUGUCUUGAUGAUCUCCAGGUCAAAUUCAAAACUGGGUCAUAUGGGGUCAAAAACUAGGCCAGUAGGCCAGAUCAAAGGAAAAGCUUGUUAACAGUCUAGAGGCCACAGUUGUGACUCAAUCUUUAUGAAACUUGGUCAGAAUGUUUGUCUUGAUGAUUAUUAGGUUCAGUUUUAAUCUGGGUCAUUUAAGGUCAAAAACUAGGUCACAUGGUCAAAUCAAAGUAAAAGUUUGUGAACACUCUAAAGGCAACAGUUGUCACUCAAUCUAUAUGAAACUUGCUCAGAAUGUUUGUCUUCAUGAUCUUUAUCUUAGAAUUGAAACUGGGUCAUUUGGGGUCAAAAACUAGGUCAGUAGGCCAGAUAAAUCUGGUGAGCGAUAUAGGGCCAUCAUGGCCCUCUUGUUUAUUCUAGCUUUAUGAAUUUUGGUCAAGAGUGUUUAUUUUCAUGAAUUCUUGGACGAUUUUAGAUCUGGGUCACGUGGGAUCAAAAAUUAGGUUACUAGGUCAAAUAAUAGGAAAAGCUUGUAUACACUCUAGAGGCCACUUUGAUGCUCCAAUCUUCCCGAAACUUAAUCAGAAUGUUUGUUUUCAUGAAAUUUUUGACAAGUUCGAAUCUGGGUCAUGUGGGAUAAAAAACUAGGUCACUUGGUCAGAUCAAAGAAAAUGCUUACACUCAAGAGGUGACGCUUUUUGGUCCAAUCUUAAUGAAAAUUGGUCAGAAUAUUCGUCUCCAUGAAAUCACUAGGUAAAACAUGUUUAAACUGUUAUGGUAUGUUACACAGGUGAGCGACCUAGGGCCAUCUUGGCCCUCUUGUUCUUUUAAUUUGCCCAGAAAUACCUUUUUAAUGCUUUACCAUUUUGAAAAGAAGCACCACCAUAUUCCAUUAUCUUUAGGCUUAAAAAAAUAAUUGUUAUAUGUUAAUGGCGUUUUCAUAGAACAUUUUCAUUGAUAUUGAUAAUAUUGUUUUUGUUGUUGUUAUUAAAGGUAACUUCUUUUUCGUGGCGGAUUUGACUGUGAAAUACAAUGCGGGUCUCAUAGCCCCUUAAUUCCCCGUAUGUUUUUUUUCUGACAAUAAGUGUUUUACAGUUCGCUCAAGUUGCUCUGCCAAUGGAAUUUCAUCUGGCCAUUCUAUUUCACAUACAGUUAUCACAUCAACUGUACGUUUUAAAUUUAAAGGUUAAAUGUUACGAUUUAAUAGACUACGGCCAAAAACACUCUAUCUGAGUAGGGGCUAACUGUAAGCUGGUUAUAAAUUGAUCACAGCAGUUUUAAGAUUAUUAAAUUCUCGCUUUUCUAAUGCUAGCUCGAAAUUAAUAUCUUUAAACUGCUGUAUUUAACUUAUAACCUAUACAUCCAGUAGUGUUUCUGUAGCCAUUUAAUAGUAAAUGAACCCCUUCUCACCUUUUAUUUGAUAGAUUAAGAAUAUUUAAUCCGACUUCCAUUUCGUUCUCUGUAAUUAUAGUAUAACAAUAUUUCUUGUACCGGAACCAUUCAAAUUUAAUGGUAGACCUAUACUAUGAUAUACACCCAUGUUUCAUGUGCGAAAGAAGAAAAAGAAAAAGAAAAGAAACAACAAAUUUUAAUAAAUUAAUAUGAAAAGUA